AGUUGUGGAAACUUGCUGUUUUAGAUACGGUGUUUUCGUCCCCAUGCGGAGUUUCUGUUCAGCUCAGUGUCCUUCUCCAGACGGCGGUCGGAGAUGUUGAAGUGUAUCCCUCUGUGGCGCUGUAACCGCCACGUCGAGUCUGUCGACAAGCGGCACUGCUCCCUGCAGACAGUGCCAGAGGAGAUCUACCGCUACAACAGGAGUCUUGAAGAACUGCUGUUGGAUGCUAACCAGCUGAGGGACCUUCCCAAGCCUUUCUUUCGCCUGCUGAACCUGCGGAAGCUGGGCCUCAGCGACAAUGAGAUCCAGAGACUCCCUCCCGAGGUUGCAAACUUCAUGCAGCUGGUCGAGCUGGACAUCUCCAGGAAUGACAUUCCAGAGAUCCCAGAGAGCAUUAAAUUCUGUAAAUCAUUAGAAAUUGCAGACUUCAGUGGAAACCCUAUUUCAAGGCUCCCAGAUGGGUUCACACAGCUCCGCAGCCUCGCGCACCUCGCCCUCAAUGACGUCUCUCUGCAAGCACUGCCCAACGACAUCGGCAACUUGGCAAACCUUGUAACACUGGAACUCCGAGAAAACUUGCUAAAAUCCCUGCCUACGUCGCUGUCAUUCCUGGUGAAACUGGAACAAUUAGACCUUGGCAGCAAUGAACUGGAUGUUUUGCCGGACACUUUGGGAGCGCUGCCAAACCUGCGGGAGCUGUGGCUGGACAGGAACCAGCUAUAUUCACUGCCACUGGAGCUGGGUAACCUGCGCCGGCUGGUGUGUCUGGACGUGUCUGAGAACAAGCUGGAGCAGCUACCCAAGGAGCUGAGCGGCCUGGUGGCACUGACAGACCUGCUGCUGUCCCAGAACCUGCUUGAAACCAUCCCCGACGGCAUUGGGUGCCUGAAACAGCUCUCCAUCCUGAAGGUGGAUCAGAACCGACUGACCCACCUGACAGACUCGAUAGGGGACUGUGAGAACCUGACUGAGCUCAUGUUGACUGAGAACCUCCUCACGAUUUUGCCGCGGUCUGUAGGGAAGCUGAAGAAGCUGACGAACCUAAAUGUUGACCGGAACCGGCUGACCGCCCUGCCCCUGGAGCUGGGUGGCUGCUCCAGUUUGAAUGUGCUCUCCCUGCGAGACAACCAGGUCACCAAGCUGCCGGCCGAGCUGGCAAAUGCCACUGAGCUACACGUGCUGGAUGUGGCCGGGAACAGGCUUCUGAACUUGCCCUUUGCCCUGACCAACCUCAACCUGAAGGCCAUGUGGCUGGCAGAAAACCAGUCCCAGCCCAUGCUCAAGUUCCAGACAGAAGACGAUGAGAAUACUGGGGAGAAGGUGCUGACCUGCUACCUCCUACCGCAGCAGCCCUCACCCAGCCUCGAGAACCUCCUGCAGAACAGUGUUGAUGACAGCUGGACAGACACCAACCUGAACCGUGUCAGUGUGAUCCAGUUCCAGGAGGAGGCCAAGACUGAGGAGGAGGACGAAGAGGCUGCGGCCGAGAAAAGGGGGCUGCAGCGACGAGCGACUCCCCACCCCAGCGAGCUGAAAGUAAUGAAGAAGGUGAUCGAAGACCGCAGAAACGAGGCCUACACUGCCAAGCCUGACGGGGGACUCGAGUCUCCAGACAAUGAGGAGAAGAGGCUGAGUGCACUGUCCAAUCAGAGCAAUGACUCUCAGGCCUCCAACAGCACGGCGUCGGCUGGGUCUGAGAGCUGUGAUUCUGCAGAACACGAGAGGCGAUCCAACAUUGUUGGCGUGACACCAGACGUGGAGGAGCAGGUGGAUGAGGAGGAGGGGCUUGAUGAUGAGAUGGAGGUGGAGUACAUUGAGCCAACAGUGCACUUUGCUGAGGAGCCCAUUAUCCGCGGGGGAGAGGAGGAUGAGGAUGGGGAGGAGGAGCCGGCCGUCCCCAUGGAGAAGCAGCGGCUCAUCCGCAAGGACACACCGCACUACAAGAAGCACUUCAAGAUCACUAAGCUGCCCAAGCCCGAGACUGUGGCGGCGCUGCUGCGAGGGCUGAGCGUGGAAGGGGUGGACCACCAUGAGUUCAGGGCUCCACCGCAUUGUGCCCAGGAGGAGGGGCGGGAGGGGGAGCAAGAGCAGGAGGGGGGGUUGGAAGUGGAGGGCAGAAUGAGUGACAAGACCAACACAGCACUGCAGCCGUUCAAGGGGGUGUCGUUUGAUCAAGUCAAUAAUCUGCUGAUUGAGCCUGCUCGAAUUGAGGAGGAAGAGCUGACGCUAACGAUACUCCGUCAGACUGGGGGUUUAGGGAUCAGUAUUGCUGGGGGCAAAGGCUCCACACCCUACAAAGGCGAUGAUGAGGGUAUCUUCAUCUCCAGAGUAUCCGAGGAAGGUCCAGCUGCACUUUCAGGAGUAAAAGUGGGAGAUAAAUUAUUAGAGGUCAAUGGCGUGGACCUGCAGGGUGCAGAGCACCACACGGCAGUGGAGGCUCUGCGCAGCUCUGGCAUGGCGGUGUCCAUGUCAGUGCUGCGGGAGAGCAUGGUGGAGCCGGAGAACGCCAUCACGACCACGCCACUACGGCCGGAGGAUGACUACUUCCCCCGUGAGCGCCGCAGCAGUCUCCCCUUCCCCAGUGACGAGGAGCCUGAGCGCGGGCUGCAGGAGCGCCUCUCCACCUGCCUCCUCCGCAACGACAAGGGGUUGGGCUUCAGCAUCGCAGGGGGCAAGGGCUCCACGCCGUACCGCACUGGAGACACUGCCAUCUUCAUAUCCCGAAUUGCAGAGGGUGGUUCUGCCCAUCGAGACAGGAUUCUUCAUGUUGGAGACAGAGUUAUUUCUAUCAAUGGUGUAGACAUGACAGAAGCCAGGCAUGAUCAGGCAGUAGCUCUUCUUACCGGCACAUCCCCCACCAUCACUUUGGUUGUUGAGCGGGAUGUCUCAGAGGGCGUUGCAGUACUAGGGGGGUCCCCUGCCCUGCAACGUGCACGCCCACACUCCCCGCCUCCUCCCACCCCCUCGGAGAACAACGACCAGGAGGACGCGAAUGAAGACUCUCCGCAGGACAACCCGCUGAACAGCAGAGCCCUGGAGGACGAGUACCCCAUCGAGGAAGUCUACCUGGUGAAGGCAGGCGGCCCUCUAGGGCUGAGCAUUGUGGGAGGCAGCGAUCAUGCCAGCCACCCCUUUGGCAUCAGUGAGCCAGGUGUAUUCAUCUCAAAGGUGAUCCCUCAGGGGCUGGCUGCUCAGAGUGGGCUGCAGGUGGGUGACAGGAUCCUAGCGGUGAACGACAUCGACCUGCGCCACGCCACGCACCAGGAGGCCGUCAGGGCGCUGCUCUCAAACAAGCAGGAGAUCCGCAUGCUGGUGCGCAGAGAUCCUCCCCCGCCAGGCAUGCAGGACAUUUCAAUUGAGAAACUACCUGGGGAGAAGCUGGGGAUCAGUAUCCGAGGUGGAGCCAAGGGCCACGCUGGGAACCCCUUUGACCCUUCCGACGAGGGCAUCUUCAUCUCAAAGGUGAGCUCGAGCGGCGCGGCGGCCCGGGACGGCAGGCUGAAAGUGGGAAUGCGCAUCCUGGAGGUGAACAACCACAGCCUGCUGGGAAUGACUCACACUGAGGCAGUGCGAAUCCUGCGGAGCAUCGGAGACACGCUGGCUGUGCUGGUGUGCGACGGCUUCGACCCCAGAGACGCCGGUGUCAUCGAUGCGUCCCCUGGUGUCAUCGCUAACCCCUUUGCCACUGGCGUUGGUCGGAAGAACAGCAUGGAAAGUAUCUCCUCUAUCGACAGGGACCUCAGUCCAGAGGAAAUGGAGAUCAUACAGAAGGAAAUGGAGAUGGUGCGGGAGUCUACGCAGUGGGAGAAAGAGGAGUUGGAGAAAGUGGAGCAAAUGCGCAGGGAGCGUGAGGAGGCUAACCGUCUGCUGGAGGAGGAGGCUGAGAGUUUCAGCGCAGGGCCUCUAAAACUGGACUACAAAACCCUUGCAGCCCUUCCCAACACCAGCCUACAGAAAGUCAGCAGGCUUUAUCCUUGUGGUACGCAUUCUGUCACAAUGGAGGCACCCAAGCCAGCCAACAACUCUUCUCUAGACCCACUAAUGUUUAGAAAUGGGGAGCUCACUGGACAGGGGCAGGGGAACUCUCGGAGGAGCCUGUUUCAAACUGAGUCUCGAAUCCUGAACCCAGCAGCCCUGCCUGUCUGCAUCCCAUGCCAGAACACAGUCGUGGAAGCCAAGCUAGUCCAAAAUACACCAGAGCCUCAGGUCACGUUUGCCACUAAAAAGACAGCGGUUUCCCACAUUCCCAUGCAAGAGUCGCCCCCCAUAGUGAAACAUGAAGUCCCUCCCCAAGAGGGGGAAGAGGAAGAAAGUCUGGUGGACUCGCAGCCCAUUUCCUUCAGCAAUAACCCCUUUCUCAUAGCCAAUCAGAAGGGGAAAGGCAAGCCCGCCGAAGCUCAGAUUCUUUCAGGACCGCCAGUCGGCUAUGGAAAGCGGGGCCUGCUGCAGACCAGCCUGUACACUAAGGGUCCCUCCUCCGAGCCUGCUGGCGUGAACAGCACCAGUUGGGAAGCCCCCUGCUCCCCCAGCACACAGGCACCUGUGUCCACUGCUGCUUCUUGCACUGGACGGGAAACCCGUUUUGCAACUAUUAAUUUCCUCUCUUCCACCACUCCCAAGGAAAACACAUCCACAAAACCAGGUGUUAUCCACCCUCUAUCUAGAGUGUGUCAGAAUACGCUUCCAGCCAAACAGGAUGGCCGUAACAGUCCUAACCCUUUCCAGCAUGGCCCUGCCUCUUCCGAGACACUCAGUUCGCCUCGUGACACCUCUCCCCUCUCACCUGACAAGGUCCCUGCUAAUGUUAAACAGGCUUACAAAACCUUUGCUGCUGUUCCAACCAGCCACCCAGUCCUGGAGCAGCAGGAGGUCUUUAUCCAGAGGAAUAAUGUCCAGCCCAAGCCUUCACCUGAGCAGGACCUGGAGAACGAUGUUUUUGACAGUGUCAUGGAGCUGGGAGGGAACCCUCCAUGUGGCGUAGUUCGUCAGAGGCCCCCUGCCACCCGCAGCCUCUCAACAGACGUGCCCAGCCCUCUGGGCGAGUCGACCCUGCGUAGGGAGUAUCUGAGCCUGUCUGCAGUGCCCCUUGUCACCAGGCCUUCCCUAGACCUUGAGGUGGCAUCCCAGUCACCCAGUGGGCUGGACAGCCCGGAGCAACGCUCGUUCAGAGACCGGCAGAAGUACUUCGAGAUCGAUGUGAAGCAGCACCUACCAGACAGCAAGCCCAAACCUCGCGUCUCGCUGGUUGCCGAGGACGACCUCAAGAAGAUGAGGGAAGAAGAAGUCCGGAGGAUCGAGCAGCGAACCCGGGGACUGCCAGUUGAGGAGGAGGAGGAGGAGGAAGAGGAGGACCUUGACAAGCAGAUGGCGGCGAUGAAGGCUCAUGGCAAAGUGGUCAUCGAAGGAGUGGAGUACAAGAUAGAGAGGGUGGACAACCGGAGCGCCAACUCCCCCAGCACAGGUGAGUCCCUGGUGGAUGGGAAGAGAGAAUCCCAGAGAAACUCCCUUGAAGAUGGCUUCAGACCCGAACAGACACCAAACUCUAUGACUGGACUCAGCCCGGUGUACCCAGGGGAGUCAGGAGCCCCUAUCCGGACUGCCAAGGCGGAGCGGCGGUAUCAGGAGCGAAUGCGCAUGCAGAGCCCAGAACUGCACAGCGCCCAGGACAAGGACCUCUCCCCAGCUGAGAAAAGAGCACUGGAGGCAGAGAAACGGGCCAUGUGGAGAGCAGCCAGACCCAGAGGGCUGGAGGAUGAUAUUAAACAGUAUGAGCAGGAUCUGGCUAAAAAGCUGUACCAGUCAAGACAGAGGGCAUCUCAGGCCCACAACAUGAGCCCUGACCCAGCGGCCAGCGAACACAGGAUGAAGUCCCUAGAGCAGGAUGCUCUGAAGGCUCAGAUGGUCAUCGCCAAGUCCAAGGAGGGGAAGAAGAGGAACACUCUGGAGCAGCUGGCAGAGUCCCCGUCCCCGGCCCCCACACCCUCCCCCACACAGCUUGAAGAUUACAGCCCCAGGAGUGUGACAUCACCAGGGAGAUUGUCCCAGACAGAAAAGAAGUUUGACUACCGACAGUUUGCAGCUAUUCCUUCUUCCAAACCUGUAUACGACAUCCAGUCCCCUGACUUGACAGAUGAUAUACAGUACAUGGAUGACACUACCAACAGUGCGGCGCACCGUGGGGAGGAGGAGGAGGCUGAAGGCUAUGUCUCCCUACCCACCACCACAGCACUGGAAGAAAUGGCUCUCUACAGCAACAAGCGCAAACUACGGCACGGUCGUCGGAGCCUGGAGACAGCUGUCCCCACGUAGUGCAGCUCUAGAGCUCUGUAAACACACACACACACACACACACACACACACACACAUGCAUACAUACAUGCAGGCACACAUACAUACACAGCAAGCACUGUUUCCCUGAUACACAGUGCCCUCUGCAGGGAGGGACCUACCAUGAACGCAUGGACCUUGGGCCGCAGACUUUAAUAGCUAGAAGGUGUAGGGGGGCUAGCUUGUAUAUACCAGGCCACAAAACAACUUUUCAGUUUGCGUUUUAGAAGCUGAAUUAUUUUACGCAAGAACUAAUUUUUGUUCAGUUUUUUGUUUUAACUAGUGUUUUGUUUUUGUUUUUUUAAUCACUUUGUGGAAGAAAAUGAUAGUUCUGGGGGAAAAUAAAUAAAUAUAAUUCUCAUUGAUUUGGUUGUAAAAUUAGUGGGGUUGGGAAGGAGGUGUGAAGCUUUCUGGGUUAAUUUGAGUGUAAAUACGAGUGUCGCUUAGACUACCUAUUGCGAUAAGGGGAAAGUCAUUUCUCUGCUACCUUCACUGCUUUGCACCCUGCUGUGUUAACCGCUUGAGGUUUCUUUAAAAAUUACUAUCAUCUGACAUUGUAACCCUAUUGGUUUUUAAUUGAAAAGGGUUAGCAUUUUUCAGUGUAAUUUAUUAUUAGAUAAUGUAUUUUAGAUUCUUGUACAAAUGUUCAGAAUUGUAGGUACACAGUACAGUAAGGGCUUGACACAAUAAACCAAGGUGGUGUACUACAACUAGCUGCUGUUAACAAUUAAAAGCCAGAAUAAACACAUUUUUAAAUACGUGCCAUGCACAAGAUAGACCCAGUAAUAAUAAUUAUUAUGAGAUAGAUAGAUAGAUAUAUUUUUUUUUUUUUUUUUUUUUUUUUUUUUUUUUUUUUUUUUUUUAAGUAUGUGGCCAAGCAGAUUUGCAGGAGGUAAUAUAAAUCAGUGUGUUUAGGAAGUCUUUAGGUGCUAAGGUUGCAUUCCCUAAAACCUGAUUUUUUUUUUUUUUUGGGACCUCAACCUUUGUAAAGUUUAGAAACUGUACUGUUAGUGUAAAGGCUUGGGUACAGCAUUUCCAGGCUUUCAGUACAUGCUGGGGUUUUUGGUUUGCAGUUUACUUUUAGGCACACACACACACAUUGCUAUAGGGGACUUCCCACUUGUAACUGCCUAUUUAUACUUGGAAGUGGACUAAAUUAGAACUCUCUUGUUACUACUUUGGGGAAGUUGUCCCUGUUGAGAAUAGUUUCAAAAUGGGCAAGGAUUUUCAGUUUGUGUCAUACAUUCCUAUUCUACCAGGGAGCAUUGAGCUUAAUGUAAGACCAGUCUCUUAGACACAUGUACUUUGCAGACAUACAGUAGACUCAUAUACAGAUACACAGGGUAUACCAAAGCUGUUAAAAAUGAAAACAAUUUUAAAGCAUUUUAAGCAGAACUGUAUUUCAAAACACCCUGCCUAUCUAUUGUACCUUUUAUUCAAGGACCACUUUUGAAAUGUAUUUAAACAAACAAAACAAAACUUUUUUUAUAAUCAAAACAUUAUUCCCUUGAUUUCUUACUUUGAUUGGCGAGUGAAGGUAGCAGACGUUUUCAAGUCGUAGACUUUUCUCUGUUUAGUGUGAAUAAUGUACAGAUAUUAAAGAAAGAAAGAAAAACUGAGCUGACCACCGUGGAAAUCUAACAGCCUUCAACAUUGGCAGAGUUACUGGAUACUUUUUGUAGACUGGUUGUCUGUAGACAGGAAAUUAGCUUGUAUUGUCGGUGUCGUCCCCAAGAUUUUUAAUCAUUUUUUUAAUAUGGUUUGAGGAAUAGGAAAUUCAUCAUUAAUCCUACUGUUUAUCAAAUGCAGAUGGUUCUAGCAAGAAACACACCACCAACUUUUAAUUUUGAUUUACUAAUUUUAACUUUUAACUUUUUUAAAUCUUUAUUUACUUUUUUUUCUCUAAAUGCAGUUUUGUUUGGGAUCUAAUCUGUGAGUUGAUUUGGGUUAGGUAACACUCUAUGGUUUUCCUGGCAACUGGGAAUCGCUACAUUUUUACAUGAGACAUUGCAUAGAUUUUUAUUUCUUUUUUUUUUUUUUUUUUUUUUUUUUUUUUUUUGUUGGGGAGUUCCAAAAGUGGGGAGGGGGGAUGUUUGAUCAUCCAAGACUGUAACUAGUGAAUUUGUACAACCAAAGAAGUCUAUUUUGUGGUUCAGGAAUAAUAAAGUUUACUUUUCAUUUUACAAA